GAUAUAUGUGAUGCAUACCAUGAAUCCACUCCUAUUCACGGAGGAAUAGAUAGAGGCCGUUUGGAGCCUCCGGACAUGGAAACAACUGCUUAUGCCUGCAGCGCACAAGGUUUGAAAGAGGUAGCGAAUAGUAGACGGAGAUGCAUGGAUGUUUCUACUGGAUGAAUAUACAGCAUGAGGCAUUCUGGUAGACCAGAUGAAGCAUCGUCUGAUUGGCUAAUUCGCUUGAAAAACUAAUCUAAAUAUCGAACUUCGAUACAUAUAUUAUGCAAUUUUUAACCCCCACCAGUUUCCCCAGAGCAGACUUUUCAUCCAAAGCAACAAAAGUACGAAGCUGGUUAUCAGGCCUUGGAGAAGAAUCAAAAUGGCGAGGUAGGCUCUCUAUACACUGUAUGUCCCAGAACAAUGAAUCGCUAAGGGGGAAACUCUCAACCCAGCCAUCCAGAAUCUCAAACAGUUGAAGUAGAUAACGCCUAUUUCGAAACAGUCAUAUACUACAACCGGCACUUCCAGCAGUAUGCCAUAACGAACUUAUCUUAUUUUCAGCCUGUCGACGAGGUAAAAGGACCAGGUGGCACAAAAUACUCUGAAGAGAUUGAACUAAAACAUCUGCGCAGGACGAACUAGAAAGGCUGCGCGUUUGGCAUGCAGUCUUGAAUAGAGUAUUUGAUAAUCGUCUGCUAUUCCCCACUUUGGGCAGACCUAGAAGAAUUUUGGACUGUGGCUACGGAACAGCCAGCUGGGCUAUCGACGUUGCAACACAAAAUCCUGGAUGCGAGGUUUUCCACCCAACCCUUUCUUCUUCAGCACGAUGACGCGGCGGCAUUUUGUUUCUGAAAGCUAAACUGUAGUGGAGGAGGAUCCAGAUCCUUCCAGUAGAUUGGUCUGGGCAGAUGAAUGAGCAUCCUUACAGAUGUGGAAAUUAUCGAAAUAGUUCAGUGCUGAUGUUUGUGCAGGUUAUAGCAAUUGACAUCUACCCAUACCAGCCGGAAACAGUUCCGGAAAACUUGUAUCUGCAAGUGGACGAUCUCAACAAUCGGUUCGUACUCGAAAGAUAAAAGGUGGAAUAUGUCUGAUAACGUCGAAUAGAUUCACUUUUCAAGCCCACAAUUUUGAUCUCGUCCAUAGUCGAUUGAUGACUGGCGCUAUACAUGUGAACAGAUGGGCUGGUUAUCUCCGUGAUAUGCUUCGUGUGCUCCGGCCUGGAGGGUGGGCUCAGUUGGUGGAACUGUAUCACAAUGUUCAGUCAGACAAUGGGAGUCUCACGGACGGUGAGUUUCUCCACAGUUAUGACCCGAAAAGGUUGAAACUAAUCGAACCAAACGAUAAGCCCAUGCACUUAGGCAAUGGAGCACCAGGUACAUCGAGAGCUUGAAUGGUGUGAAGGAUCUUCGUGUCCCGCCCCGGCUCCCAGAUAUGAUGCGAGCGGCAGGAUUUGUCGACAUUGAACAUAGAAUGAUUCCACUUCACACUUGUGGCGUAAGCUUUUAUUUCCACUUAGUUCAAAAAUUUAGGCAUUGUGGGAAAGUUUCCCGAGUAAUGCUGUCUCAUCUCGACUUGAGAAUGAAGACUUUCCUUAUGUAUAUAUAUAUAUAUUCCUUAAAGCUUAUAUGGUGACGGUGAAAGACUAACUAAAAGUAAUUUCCAGUGGUCAAGCGGUCAGUAAAAAAGAAUUGGGCAGAUAAGUACGCUAAUAACAAUUACAACAGACCCCAGGGAGUAUGAGAUUGGUACUGCCAACAGAGCAAACGUGCAACAGUUUUUAAGUUCCAUUGCGCUGUAUCCAUUCGCGGAAAGGCUAGAGUGAUUAUCUCUGCUCCAUUUAUUACUGCUGUCAGAUCUGACGAAUGUUAGAAUGCCGAUUCAAGAUGUCCAACUUCUUGUAGCACAAGCUCGAGUAGAGGCUGAUGACCCAUUGCUGAAGGUGAAGGCGAAUUCCAGACGUCCUGAAGGGUAGUCGUUGCUAACCUUUCGCUUUCACAGGCAUACUUUCCGUUGUAUGUGUGCAUCGGGAGAAAACCGCGCUUGCGUCGAUAGGUCGUGGGCGUCGAAGUAUGUUUACAGAUAUAUACACGGGCACUUAUGUAGUUUGAGGCGCUGAGGAACUAUGCAGUACAAAUUGAACGUCAGCAGGGAGAAGGGGGAGGGGAAGUUGGUCGUGGUCAGGAGUCUGAAGAAUUGAAUGGAAAGAAUCCCCACUGUCUUUUUCAGCACUCUGAAGAUUGAACGUACCUGAUCGGUUCUUACAGCAGCCGUUCAAGUGGCAGGCCUCAUUGUGAAAAAUAUGUAAGGGAUUAUUGAAAGUUUGUGAUGGUGAGGUCGUUGGUUAUGUGAG